AUGGCAUUGAAGCAGUUAGACACAAAGAGACUUCCUUUGGCAAAAUCUUCUUCAUUUAAAAUUAUAUUUAAAAGAUUGAGUAUUAGUAUCAGCCAGGCAGUCCAGGUCUGUGAAGGUUGCCUGCGCAGCGCUGCUCUCAGGCACCCGGCAUGCGCCUGCCCCACUGCCACGAUCCCCAAGAGGAAGGUCAGCUCCGCCGAGGGGGCGGCGAAGGAAGAGCCCAAGAGGAGAUCUGCGAGGUUGUCAGCUAAACCUGCUCCUGCAAAAGUGGAAACCAAGCCAAAAAAGGCGGCAGGAAAGGACAAGUCUGCAGACAAAAAGGUGCAAACGAAAGGGAAAAGGGGAGCAAAGGAAAAACAGGCCGAAGUGGCUAACCAGGAGCCUAAGGGAGACCUACCUGUGGAAAACGGAGAAACUAAAAACGAGAGUCCAGCCUCGGAUGAAGCAGGAGAAAAAGAAGCCAAGUCUGAUUAAUAUCAUAUAUCAUGUCUUAUCAGUGGUCCCUGUCUCCCUUCUUGUACAAUCCAGAGGAAUAUUUUUAUCAACUAUUUUGUAAAUGCAAGUUUUUUAGUAGCUCUAGAAACAUUUUUAAGAAGGAGGGAAUUCCACCUCAUCCCAUUUUUUUAAGUGUAAAUGAUUUUUUUAAGAGGUGAAAUCAUUUGCUGGUUGUUUACUUUUUGGUACAACAAGAAAAUAGUGGGAUAUUGAAUAUGGGAGGCUUUGAUUGUCUUGGGUGCCAGCUAAACAUUCCAUAGAUGGGGGUAGUUUUUAUAUCCUAUAACACAAAGCAUACUAAAUGGCAAUUUGGAGUCAGUUGUGCAUUUACUAUGUCUCGAACAUUUUAAAUUACUUCUAUUCUCAAGUUUUUGGUAGAAGUGUUUCCUAAAGAAAACCACUCCUUGAUCUUGGCUCCCCCCCAUCAGAACUUUGUGUACUCUGUAACAUCUUGUCGUGGUAGUCCAGUUUUCCUAGUAACUUCGUUAAUGUGCUGUAAAAGAUUGAAAAUUCGAUUAUGUAGUAUAUAUAUUAAAUUGUGAAUUAGUCAGGCUUUGAUGUAACAGCGUAUCAGCAUUUGCAGAUAUUGGUACUUGAUA